UGGUUUCAAUAGGGAACUGGUUCAACUAAAAAGAUGAAAGCUUUUCCUUUUGUUGUCCUGGCAUUCGCCAUAAUUGCACCCACAAUAUGGGCAGUUUCGGUGCUCGAAUUCGAUAAUAAAGAGGCUCAGCAAUAUGCUCGCCUUGUUCGACAAACCGAUGAUAGUGAUACAGCUGCUGACAGUGAAGAUGACUACAGCGAUGCGAGCGAAACUACUGCGACCACUGACGAUAGUACGGACAGUGAAUCCAGCGCAGAUAGUGAAAAUUCCACGGAUAGCGAGAGUUCCGCCGAUAGCGAGAGCACUACUGUUAUCGGGGAUGCCGGGACUGCAACGACUGUUAGCCCAGAAAGCUCCACUGAAGCUAGUGGAAGCAGUAGUGGAAGUAGACCGGCAUGCAAUAGUCAUAAGCGGGGGAAACAUGGCAGAGGUAGCCAACGUGGUAAUAAAAAUCGUCGAGGGAACUCUCGGGGAAGACAAAAUCGCCGUGGGGGAAAUCGAAGCCAAAAUCGUAAAAGAGGCCAAAGUCAACAAAAUCGUCGAGGAAAUCAGAACAAGAGGCAGCAAAAUAGACAGAAUCGUGGAGGAAAUAAUAGCCGCGGUGGAAACAAUAAGCGCAGCGGCAGCAAUCAACGUAGCGGAAGUAAUCAGCGUGGAAAACGAACCACGAAAAAUCGAGGCUAAUUUUUUUGAAGGAAAAUACGGUUAAAAUGAACUUUGUCAACUUUAUUUGAAAAAA